GGUGGCCGCUCUCAGGUUUCUCUCUGCUACAAUAUACGAGAUUUGCCGAGAGCUAGCGAUGCUCCUCGAGCGAUCUGGCGCGCGGAUUCAAAAUCAUUUCAAGUUUAUUACACGGAUCAGAUUUACGAUGCGAGAUGCUGAUGAAAAUUAAUCGUUUCUUUCGUUGCAUUGCACGAAGAUGGACAUCCGACGUGGUCACGUGCAUGUGAAUCGCGACGAGCUCUCCGGUUUUCGGCAGCCCGUGUCGACUGCUAUUUGAAAGAUGGCUUUCCGCUUGCUGCGUGGAUCACCGUGGAUGUCCGUGGCGGGAAAGAGGUCAAAUGUAUCGCAGUCUACGAUCUUCGUGCUCGUCAAGCAAAACACGAAACCCCGGGCAUUCCACUCGCAGCAAGAAAAAUGGAGAUUGCACGAGAGGACGAGGUUCCUAACCUGUACAGCUCUCCUCUCCGGCGGUCUCGGUUACGCUCUGUAUAACUGGAAGGAUGACAUACGGCGGAAAAUCGGGAACUUGGGCAUCCCAAAUUACGCCGUUACGCACGCUCUUUCACCACCGUCGUCUAACAAUCGUCAGAACAGGGAUAAGUACAAUUUUAUAGCGGAUGUGGUGGAGAUAUCGGCACCGUCCGUAGUGUACAUUGAAAUCAAGGAUAACAUUAGGAUAGAUUACUUUACAAAGAAAUCAAUCACCACUAGCAAUGGCUCAGGAUUUAUCAUUAGUUCAGAUGGUUUAAUAUUAACAAAUGCUCAUGUUGUAAUAAAUAAGCCUAAUACGUCAGUGAAGGUGCGGCUUUAUGAUGGCAGCACGUAUACCGGAGUGAUAGAAGACAUAGACAUGCAAAGCGAUCUCGCUACUGUGCGGAUAAACAAGACCAAUCUACCGGUGAUGAAACUCGGCAGCUCGUCUAGUGUUAGACCAGGGGAGUUUGUGGUGGCCAUUGGCUCUCCACUGGCCCUUAGCAAUACCAUAACAAGUGGCAUAAUCAGCAGCGUGAAUAGACCAAGUCAGGAACUCGGGUUGAGUAACUCGCGCAUGGGAUACAUCCAAACGGAUGCAGCAAUCACUUUUGGAAAUUCAGGUGGACCGCUGGUGAACCUGGAUGGAGAGGCGAUAGGAAUAAAUGCAAUGAAAGUGACAUCCGGCAUUUCGUUCGCGAUACCAAUCGAUUACGCGAAAGAAUUUUUGAAGAGGACCGAGUCAAAUAGAAAGAGUAAAAGCUCACGGCACAUUCUGGACGUACCGAAAAGAAGGUACAUGGGCAUCACGAUGCAAACUCUAACGUCCGACAUUUUGUUUGAAAUACUGCAGGACAAGGAUUCUCUGAACAUCAAGAACGGAGUUCUCGUGUGGAAAGUAAUGCCUGGCUCUCCGGCUUACAAUGCUGGACUGCAACCGAAAGACAUAAUAACGCACGUGAAUAAGGAACUGGUGAUUAGUACGCAAAGCAUCUACAAAGCCUUAGAGCAAUCAGAAACAAUAGAUUUGCAGAUUUUAAGAAGAGGGCAGAUCAUACACGUAAAAGUUCAUCCAGAAGACAUAUAGUGAAGUAACGCCUUAAUAAUAAUAGCUGAAUUGAAGGAUCGUAUAAAAUAGGCAAGACAUUCAAUUAUAAACUUAUAAUAGCUCAAUUUGCUAAAUCUUUUUUCUUACAUUUGUAACGUACAUUUUGGUACAAUUAUCAGAGGUACACACAUGAUACAUAAA